GUUACUUUGGUAUAUAUGUCUGCAAUAUGUUUGAUACUGGACAGGCCUCAUAGGUGUUAAAGUUGGAGAGACUCCCUAGAGUAUCUAUUGAAACACUUUUGUGACGUUGCUGCAAAUAAAGAAUACCAAAAUGCGGAUUGGCGGUUGCGACCGUUGCUGGUGAAAUGCUGAGAUAUGCUAGAGAAGACACACAUUAUCUUCUGUACAUAUACGAUCUUAUGAAAAGAAAGCUGCUUUCAUCAACAGAUCCAAACUGCCCUGAAGCAUCUCUUGUUGAGGUAUAUCAACGCAGUUAUGAUCUAUGUAUGCAGCUCUAUCAGAAAGAGAUUCUGACUGAGAACUCAUAUCUAAACAUAUACGGGUUGUAUGAUGCUGAUCUCAACGGCCAGCAACUUGCGAUUGUUGCAGGAAGUCACUGCUUUUUAUUUUCUCUGCAAAGAUAUAAUAAAUAUAUGAACAACUACUAG